UCUUGAUGAGGCACAGAGACGCCUGUACCAGGAUGUGAUGCUGGAGAACUGGGCGCUUAUAACCUCCCUGGGUUGUUGGCAUGGAGCAGAGGAUGAGGAGGCACCGUCUGAGCAGAGCGUUUCUGUAGUGUCACAUGUCAGGACUCCCAAGACAGGUCUUUUUCCCCAGAAGGCCAACCCCUAUGAGGUGUGUGGUCCAGUCUUGAAAGACAGUUUUCACUCGGCUGAGCACCAGGAAACACAAUUCAAUGAGAAAGUGUACACUGGUGGGACACAUGGGAAAAGAUUCUGUUUCAGUGAAAACCUUCAGCAGCAGCAGAAGCAGCAUGUGAGCGAUAAGCCCUUCGGUAACAAUGUAAGCAGAGCUUCAGUGAUCAAGAGCUGCAGAUUGCAAGUGUCAGGGAAGCCCUUUAUCUGUGGGGAGGUUGGGAAGGAUUUCUUGGCCAGCUCAGGAUUCCUCCAGCAACAGGCCACACAGACUGGAGAGAAGUCAAACAAUGCAACUGAAUGUGGGGCAGCCUUCCACAAGGGAAAAACUCAACACCGCUGGGGAGACAACAUAGAAGCUUUCAGCCACAAGCACACAUUUGUUCAUCACCAGAGAGUCCGCCCUGGAGAAAGAUGUUACAUGUGCAGUGAAUGUGGGAAAUCUUUUAGCCAUAACUCUAGCCUUAUUAAACACCAGAGAGUUCACACAGGAGAAAGGCCUUAUGAGUGUGGGGAGUGUGGAAAAUCCUUUAGCCAGAGCUCCAACCUCUUUCAACAUCGGAGAGUUCACACUGGAGAAAGGCCUUACGAGUGCAGUGAAUGUGGGAAAUCUUUUAGCCAAAGCUACAGCCUCAAUAACCAUCGGAAAGUUCACACUGGAGAAAGGCCAUUUGAGUGUGGAGAAUGUGGCAAAUCCUUCAGUCAAAGAUCCAACCUCAUUCAACAUCGGAGAAUUCACACUGGAGAAAAGCCUUAUGAGUGCAGUGAGUGUGGGAAGUCCUUUAAUCAAAGCUCUGCGCUCCUGCAACACCAUACCGUUCACACCGGAGAACGGCCCUAUGAGUGCAGUGAAUGUGGGAAAUCCUUUACCUACAAUUCCAGUCUUUUAAAACACCAGAAAGUCCACACAGGGUCAAAGCCUUAUGAGUGCAGUGAAUGUAGGAAAUCUUUUAGCCAGAAUUGCAGCCUCGUUCUACAUCUGAGAGUUCACACUGGAGAAAGGCCUUAUGAGUGCAGCAAAUGUGGAAAAUCUUUUAGCCAAAGCUCUGCGCUCCUUAAACACCAGAGAGUUCACACUGGAGAAAGGCCAUAUGAGUGCAAUGAGUGUGGGAAGUCCUUUAGGCGAAGCUCCAACUUCAGUGACCAUCGGAGAGUUCACACUGGAGAAAGGCCGUAUAAGUGUAACCAGUGUGGGAAAUCCUUUAGUAAAAGCUCUGGCCUCACUCGACACCAGAGAGUUCAUACUGGAUUGGGCAUUAUAAAUAUCUUGAAUGAGAAAGCCAUUAGCCGAAGCCCUUACCUCAUUGAUUACCACAAAAUUCACAUGGGAGAAACAACUUAGAUAUGUAGCAAAUGUAUUUCCUUGUUCAGUAUAACAACACUCGAGGAGAUCUCUUUUGAGGAUGCCAUCUGCCUGAAUUGCGCCUCAUACAUCCAAACAUCAAAAUAAAUUCCAGGUAUGUGGAGCUGUGUUGCAUGUUUCAGCUUGGGCCCGUGUGAAUUUUUAUUACUGUUGAUUCUGUAGCAGCAGCCAUUCACCUCUCCCACCUGCAGGUGCCCAUAUGUAUAUCAUUUAUCUGCUCUGAUGUGUUCAGCAAAGUAAACCUUGGUGUUUUCCCAUUCACUGGGUGAAUGUGAGAAGCCAGAGUACUCAUUUUUUUCUCUCUGAUUAGUAGGGCAUGGAUGACCCCGUUGUGUUCCAGAGGACUCCAUCUGAGUUCUGCCUGUGACCUGAAAAGUCAUCUUUUUUAGGGAUAUUGGUCUGGUAAUUCUUGUGAUGGAAUUUCCCAGCCUCCAAGUCACUAACCGAGGAACAGCCUUCCUCUAUUAUUCUGGUUUGUGCUGUAACAAAGGCCUUAUUGUGUAAGUCAUCUUUAUCUUGAGGCUUAGAUUCACUUUAUGGGGUGGUUUCAGAAUGACAGGAGAAACAGCUGCCAUGGGCACCCCAAUCUUUGUGUGCUUCAGGGGGAUAGAAGGAUGGUAGUCCUCUCUCUAGUUUGGGCCUUGUUUGCAUUGUUGCCUAAGGCCUCUAAGGAAAUUAUGUAGGGUUUUGUGGUUAAAUUGUAGCCUGGAUGCCAGGACGUUUCGUGCUGUCAGCGCUCACCUUGAAGAGGGGGCAGUUGUGACAACCUCCAGUACUUCUGGGAACAACAUAAAGUUGUUCUCUUCUUUGCAGGGGAUGUUGCAUUGUGCUCAGCACCGGUGCAGGAAAUCUGUUCCCAGGUCUUGCAAAGGAGAGAGGUACCCUAAUGCCCAGAAUUCGGUGUGGUAGUGUCACUGGCUGAAAGAUUAUAGGGGGAGUCAUAAUUGUACACAGACGGUGGAUUAACAGAGAGGGCAAGAGACUGCAACAAACUGGUUGGAAUGUGCCUCUUUUAAAAGGGCACCUGCCAUUGUUCUAGUCAGUAUGGCUGUGAAGGAUGAGCAAGUACGGAAAUUCUCAGAUCUUUCUGAACUGUGAAUCUUGUGCAGCUGAGGGCCUCGUCAGAAAAUAAUCUAAUGGGGGGGCGCCUGGGUGGCUCAGGUUGGUUAAGCGUCCGACUCUUGGUUUUGACUCAGGUCAUGAUCUCGGGGUUGUGAGAUCAAGCCCUGCAUACAGAUAUAGCCUCAGUGCAGAACCUGCUUGGGAUCCUCUCUCCUCCCUGUGCACACACUCCCCCACCACCACCACGUUCACACUCUCUCACGUGUGCUCUCUCUAUAAGAAAAGGAAUCUAACAGUUUUGUGGAUUCCUGUAGUUUCUCUGCAUUGUUCACCGUAAGGCCUUUGUUGCACAGGAAGGAAAACAAAGAAAGAAGGAAGAUCUCAGUCCAGAAAUGCAGGCUUUAUGCAGCCUGCAUUCCUGAUGACUCAGGUGGAAAUGGCUUUCAUUGCUCACCUGUAUUGGCUGCCACUGAGGCAAGGUGCUGAUCCCAGGGCAUUACAAGGGAUAUGGUGGGAUCAAUACAGGUUUGCCAAACUUUGUUUUUUGAAAACAGAAUUUUUUUUAUUAUAUCGUUAAUGCCUUUUUGGUAUGGUUAAUAAAUAAUAAAUUGUCCAUAUUUAAACUGUACCAUUUGAUGAGUGUUGACAUUCAUAUAAACCCAUGAAACCAUCAUCAUAAAUCGUAACAGUGUGCAUAUGCAUCACCCCACGUUCACUCAUGUCCUUUAAUUAUUAUCUCCUUCUCUCUGCCCUCCAGGCAAACAUUGAUUUAGUUUCUUCUACAAUAGAUUCAUAUGUAUUUAAUGUAAUUUUACAUGAUUGAAAAUAAAAUGUUUAGUUUUUUUUC